AUGCACACAACAGCGUCGUCCCAUACCGCCGUACCAAAGCGAAAAUCCGAUGAUGACGACUCGCAUGAAAGCUCGUACCUCAUCAAGGCCAAAACCCGGCGGCUUUCCAACAAUCUCAUGUCCUCGCAAUCCGGAAACGAUCAACAAGUUGAGCGGCGUCCGCUGCGGCAAGGAGGAAUGAGAACUCUUACUGUUCCGCCUUCAUUGUCACCACAUGGGUCUCGACAAGAAUCAACGAUGAGAAAUGCCAAUGGUCCGACAAUAUUGUUGGAGGAUGCCAAACUUUGGGCGCAGUUUCAUUCGGUUGGAAACGAAAUGAUCAUCACCAAAGGCGGUCGCUGUCUCUUCCCGACGCUCCGGUUCCGGCCCAUAUGCCUUGAUCCUCAAGCCCUCUAUUCCAUUGCAAUCGAUAUCGUGCAAACCGUACCGCACAAAUUCAAAUUCAAAAACGGUCAUUGGGCGCCGGUGUCCCUCGAUGCCGGAAGCGGAGGCGAGUCGGAGGAUAUGCUCGUCCCAACCUGCAGAGCAAUUUUGCACUCGAGUGCUACCCAGUCUGGCGCCUUCUGGAUACAACAGGGCAUAUCCUUUGCCAAAAUCAAGCUUACCAAUCGAUGCCCGUCUUCAUUACGUUCCCCUUCUCCGGGCUCCUCACCUGACUAUCCUUCCGUCCCGGAGGGCUACUUUUAUCUCAAUUCAUUCCACCAGUACCAACCCCGCGUGCAUCUUAUUAAGCACUCUGCUGAAGGACAGUCCGUUACGACGUACUUGUUUGAAGAAACAAAGUUUAUCGCCGUAACGCAUUACCAGAGCGAGAAGGUGAAUAGUCUAAAAAAGAACUACAACCCGCACGCAAAAGGAUUCAAGGACUAUGAAACAAAACUUGCUGCCUUACGCAUCCGGUCUGGCAGUGUAGCGUCAACGACCUCAUCGGGUACUCCCACUACCACCACUAACGAUGCAAUUGAUAUCCCAACGUUCCGUAUAUCGGUCAAUGAACGGUCCGGCCGGGCCGUGGUGAAAAGCUUGCCCGCAACUGUGCGCCAAAGUCGCGGUGUGAUUCGCACUACCGGCAAUCGCUACCAGAUCGAGGAGGACGAGGACGAGUCCCCGUAUGACAACGGUCAAGAAGACGACCAAGUUGAGGAGGAUGAAGUAGAGUGUAGCUCUACCGCGGACACGUCCGAUUCGGAUCUAUCAGACUCUGAUGAUGAGAGCACGUACUCUACCACUUCCACAACCUCUCUCUCGCAAGUCUCAUCCGACGCUGCAUCACCCUCUCAAGAGAACCAACCUCCCCAGUCCAGCAACAGCUCCAGCCCUCUCCAACUCCUCGCCCUCUUUUGCUCGUACAUUCUUGACUCUGGUAAUUUGGCGCUCAAUCCCGCCGAGAUUGUGACCCACUCUGAGACGACCGAGGUCCAGAGAUUUCAGACUCUGGUGGAUGCGUAUGAGAUCGAAUGUAAAAGGUUGAGAGAGGUCCGGAAUAUGUUGAUGAGCAGUGAUCGUGAGUGUGCACCCGCGAUGAGGAUGAUAUGA